UUAACUAUUCAUAUCUCUAUAUGAAAAUGAGUUAAGACGUUCCUGUAUGUCAUGUGGCAGCGGACAGAGUAGCAUUUUUAUAAAAAGGAGAAUUACGUCAUACCAUUUCAACGAGCGUCAGUAUUAAGCAUUUAAUACUUGGUUCUCUUUAAGUGCAAGCCUUUCAAGUGUAUGUACAAAAGGAAGACAUUUUUCUCUUAAAUCCUAGAGUGUAAAACAAUGUCUCUGAAAUAACUAAUUCAAUUUAAAUUUUGUGUUCAACACAUCUGCUUCUUUCAUGGUGCUAUUUUUGUAACUGUAAAUAAGUGCAUGUGCCAGACAUGUUUCCAGCUCGCAGUGUGGAUGAUUCAGAGGAUCCCAGCCCCCACGUCUGUGCCUGCUGUGGUCUGUAAAGAAAGCAUCUAAGUAAGCAGGAGAGUGUUUUUUACAAAUUUGAAGUAGCGUAUACUUUUCUUUACUAUCUUCUCUUGGAAGUAAAGGAGAAAUUGCUUCCUUGAGGGAGCUGGUUUUGGUGCUCACUGUGAGGUUAAGCGGAGGUAGUUUGUGUGUCUUGCUCUUGGUUCUGGGUGCUGCAUGAAUGAUUAGAAAUUCUGGUAGCAGAAGUGUAGGUGUGGGUUAGCUAUUAACUUCAGUUUUAGAAACUGCCUUUGCCCAGACAAUAAAAUGAAAGCUUUAAGCAAAUAUUAAAUUGUGCUUUAGUGUAGUGUGCAAAUAGUUUUUGCUGUGUGUUGCAGAACAGUAUGUUAUACAAACAAAGGUAGCUGUGAGAAACAAGACCAAUCCGAGCAAGGUGGAUUACAUCAGAUCAAAGGUGACAAGAAUAGCAGAGCAGAGAAGUCAAGAAUGAUGCAGAGAGCACAGAUGUGAAGAACAAAGGAGAGAGGAAGGAGCUGAGCCUGGUGCGGAGGGGGAAAGGAGAAGAAGAAGCCUAAAUGCAAGUGACAAUGCCUGUCGAAAGGAUGCGGAUGCGCCCCUGGCUGGAAGAGCAAAUCAACUCUAACAGGAUACCGGGGCUGAAAUGGCUAAAUAAGGAGAAGAAGAUUUUUCAGAUUCCCUGGAUGCAUGCUGCAAGACAUGGGUGGGACGUUGAAAAAGAUGCUCCCUUAUUUAGAAACUGGGCAAUUCAUACAGGAAAAUACCAGUCAGGAGUAGAUAAACCCGAUCCAAAGACAUGGAAGGCAAACUUCCGUUGUGCUAUGAACUCUCUGCCUGACAUAGAAGAAGUAAAGGACAAAAGUAUAAAGAAAGGAAACAAUGCCUUCAGGGUAUACCGGAUGCUGCCGUUAUCUGAAAGACCUUCCAAAAAAGGAAAAAAACCGAAGCCCGAGAAGGAUGACAAAUUCAAACAAAUUAAGCAAGAGCCAGUUGAAUCAUCUUUUGGGAUUAAUGGGUUAAAUGACGUCACUUCUGACUAUUUGCUGUCCUCCAGUAUAAAAAAUGAAGUUGACAGUACAGUGAACUUUGUAGUUGUAGGACAGCCUCACCUUGAUGGCAGCAGCGAGGAGCAGGUGAUAGUUGCCAAUCCUCCUGAUGUCUGCCAGGUAGUAGAAGUGACAACAGAAAGUGAUGAACAGCCCCUCAGCAUGAGCCAGCUGUACCCCCUGCAGAUCUCCCCUGUCUCCUCCUAUGCAGAAAGCGAAACAACGGACAGUGUUCCAAGUGAUGAAGAAAGUGCAGAGGGACGACUUCAUUGGCAUAAGAGAAACAUUGAAGGCAAACAGUAUCUCAGCAAUCUGGGAACGAGGAACACUUCUCAUAUGCUUCCGAGCAUGGCGACUUUUGUAGCCAACAAGCCUGACCUCCAGGUCACCAUCAAAGAAGAAAGCUGCCCACUGCCUUACAACAGCUCCUGGCCCCCUUUCCCAGACAUCCCUCUGCAACAAGUAGUGUCCACAGCCUCCACGAGCAGCAGCCGGCCAGACCGCGAGACUCGGGCCAGCGUCAUCAAGAAAACAUCAGACAUCACCCAGUCGAGAGUCAAGAGCUGCUAAGCCUUUGACAGUGUGAUUUUUUUAGCUUUCUUUUGUUUGGUUUUGUAUUUUACGUUUCUCUAGGUGAGGUUCAUCCCUUGGCGCACACAAGACAAAUCUAAGGUAAAACCUUGGCAAUAUAAAACAUUGCUGUGUCCGACUCUGCUUGCCAGAGUGUUUUUAACUCAGGACUCCAGCCGUCAGUAUGUACACCUGAACCCAGGUGGAUUUCCAAGGUUGCUAUGUAGGAAAACAACCCCAGAACUUUGGCUCACUCGCAGGUUCCAGUGUUUCAUAAGAGGACCAACCAACCACAGGGGAAGUGGUGCUGCUGCGCUUCUUGCUGUCAAGGCUGUGAUGGAACUGAAAGCCUCGGAAUGGAAGAGAAAAUGUGAACUAGCUGGAAUAUUUUUAAAUAAAGAAAAAUCUAUUGUGAAUAUUGUACAUAGUGCAGUACUAGCAACGUUGCAGUCUGCUUCUGCACCUUAUUAAGAAAGCACUUACAAAAGGCCUUUUAUUACCUUGCUCUACUUAAUGGCACAUUGAAGGUCCCUCCCCACCUGUAUUCUUUUCCAAGGCUAUUCUUGCUAAAGUGUCUUUAAAGAAUAGAGGAAAGGAAAGGAAGUUAAAACUUCCCAUGUGGAUUUCAUAUGUUUUAAGACUGCUUUUAUCAUGUUUGUUUCUAAUCUGCUAUGCUUGAAUGCCGCGUGGUACAAUAGGAAAAAAGAAAAGAAACCUAUUACAGAGAUAUUAUGCAAAUUCCCAGAUUUAAAAAGGAAGAAGAAAAAUAAUUCUAACCAGAGCAAGCUUUUUUAUUUUUUAUACAGGGGAAUAUUUUAUUCAAAGUAAAAUUCUAAAGUGAAUAUAAUUUUUUUUAAUCUUUUCUACAGCAAAUUUAUAAUUUUCAGAUUCAGUCCUUGGUUAUCAGCAGUUAUUACAUCCUUGUGGCACAUUUCUUUUGUUUUUAAUUUUGUAAAGGUGAAAUAGCUUUUAUGAGCUCAUGUAGCAAUCAGAUUAUCCUGUGGAUUGAUAAUAAAUAUGGUAUAUAGUUAAAUUUUUAAUAA